AUGGGGAAGAUUAAUUAUCUUCGGCGGUUCAUAUCCAAUUUGGCCGGAAGAAUUGAGGUUUUUACUCCAUUACUUCGGCUUAAAGACAAAGAAGAAUUCAUUUGGACGGAGAGACAGCAAGAGGCGUUUGAGAAUAUAAAAAGAUAUUUAUCAAACCCUCCGGUACUGGUACCUCCGAAGUCAAAUCAACCGAUGAAGUUGUACAUAUCGGCUGCAGUCGAAAAUCUGGGAUGUUUGUUGGCUCAAGAAAAUGAAGAGAAGGAAGAGCAAGCCAUUUAUUACCUAAGCAAACGUCUGCUAGAUACAGAAAAACGAGCUAUCAAAGGUCAAGCUAUAGCUGAUUUUUUGGCUGACCACCCAUGUGUAGAGAUCGAGGAGCCGAAGCAGAGUUUAAUCGGCUGCCAACGUUGGGUGUUGUACUUUGACGGUUCAAGGACAACCGAAUCUGCAGGAGCAGGGAUAGUGAUACAAUCUCCUGAAGGUUAUAGGGUUCCUGCCUCUGAGAUGUACGCCAUAAUUAAACCGUGGCCUUUCCGAGGAUGGGCCAUGGAUUUAAUCGGAAAAAUUCAGCCGAAUUCCUCGGCUGGUCACAAGUUUCUGAUAGUAGCCAUCGAUUAUUUUACUAAAUGGGUGGAAGCCAGACCUACUCGAUUGGUUACUCAAAAGGAAAUUAUUGAUUUUGUUGAAGAUCAUAUAAUUCAUCGUUUUGGAAUUUCUGAGACCGUCACAACCGACCAAGGGACAAUGUUCAUGGGGGGACAGUUUGUUCGGUUCAUCGAGUCUCGAAAGAUAAAGCUGCUGCAUUCGUCUCCUUAUUAUGCUCAAGCGAAUGGUCAGGUAGAAGCAACAAAUAAGAUAAUUAUCAACCUUAUGAAGCGACAUAUCGGAAAGUACCCGAGAAAGUGUAAUGAAAAGCUUUCCGAAGUAUUAUGGGCAUGCCGAACUUCAAUAAAAACGACAACAAGGAUGACACCAUUCCAAUUAGUUUAUGGCCAUGAGGCCGUAAUUCCAGCUGAGAUAACAGUUCCUUCUUUAAGACUAGAGAAACAAAAAGACCUCUCGGCUGAUGAAUAUUAUUGA